AUCAAUACAUCACGGUCUUGCUGACUCCAGUUGGGAAAUUAAUUACAAAAUAUAAAUAAGGAUUAAAUAAAUUAAGAAAUAUAAUCGGUGUCAAUUAAAUAGUGAUUAUAAACUCAUAAAGGACGAUGACGAAGUUAUCAACUGCGUUUUUAAAACAGCUAUGGUUAACAAUUGCUGCAUCACUGGCGUUUCUCAUUAUCGGAUUGGUCCGAGGUUACUCUUCAUCUGCCCUUCCAUCAAUAGAGUCACAUGACCCUAUUCUAAUGCAAUCGAGUGAACAAAAGUCCUGGAUUGGUUCAAUCACACCAUUGGGGUCAUUUCUGGGCAGUUUGUUAUCGGGACCUUUAAUGCAUCAUGCGGGUAGAAGACGGACCCUUCAGCUGACAGCACCAUUGUGGGGAGCAGGAUGGCUCAUCCUAGGUUUCGCACCUAAUUUUCCGAUCGUGCUAUUGGGAAGGAUUAUAUCCGGUCUAGGAAUCGGCCUAGUGCUGGCACCCACGCAAGUAUAUGUGAGUGAAUGCUGCGACCCUGAGAUCCGUGGUCGUCUUGGCUCCUUACCUACACUGUCUAUGUCCCUGGGAAUUCUCAUCUCCUACAUCGCAGGCAGCUGGCUUUACUGGAGAUAUCUUGCAUUUCUGUCCGCCACAUUUUGUGCGGCACUAUUCGUGGUUUUGAUUCCACUACCCGAGUCACCUGUGUGGUUAGAAACCCAAGGCAUAGACAACGAGUAUGCCAUGAAAUGGCUCCAUCUUUCAAAGCAUGCCGUGGCUGCUGCGAAUGGAGAAAUACAGGAACCUGUAAAAUCUAUAAGCGGUAACAGCCUCCAACCAGUAGAAGAACCUCCAAGGAGUUUGUUCACACGAGAGGUGUUUUUUUCGCCUUCAGUAACAAAACCUCUAAUUAUUGGGUUCGCGUUGCUGUUCCUCCAACAGUUUAGCGGUAUCGACACCAUCAUUUACUUUACUGUAGAAAUCUUUCAAAAUGCAGGCAGCACAUUAAACCCAAUGACCGCAACUAUUAUUGUGGGUGCAGUGCAAUUGUUUAGCAAUGGUAUCAGCACCAUGUUAGUGGACAGAGCUGGACGGAGGCCAUUACUACUACUUUCUUCUAUCACAAUGUGCGUUUCGAUGGUUUCAAUGGGAGCCGCGUUUUACUUCGAAUUUGAUAAGGCGUCAUGGCUAGGGUAUCUUCCCAUCAUGAGCCUUGUGGUGUUCAUGUUGGGAUUCUCCUUAGGAUUCGGUGGUCUUCCAUUCCUACUGCUGGGUGAACUGUUUCCCAAACAUUACAGAUCGCAGCUCUCUGCAAUGGCAAGCGCAGUGAACUUAUCGUCCAUGUUUGUGGUCCUUAAGUCUUAUCACCCGUUAGAGCAUAUUAUAACAUCAGCUGGUACAUUCUGGAUGUACGCAGCCUUCUCUGGGCUGGCGUUCUUCUUCGUCGUGUUCUUCGUUCCUGAGACAAAGGGAAAGUCCCUCGCGGAGAUUGAGCAGCACUUUAGAGGAAAAAAACACCAGGAGAGUAUUGAUUUACAAAAUGUUCAAACGAAAUUCUAGAUCAUCUCGUUUGACGAUUCAAAUGGAAAAACGCUGUAUAAUUCCGACCAUCUCAGACUCUCUGGAGAAAUGUUAUUUUCCAUUGUUGAUUUCUAAAUUCAGUUGUGUGAUUUAGACAACGACAGGGAGAAGAGUGUGACAUAUAGUGUCACAUUUAUUGACACUAUUUUAUGUUGUAACCUAACCUAACAUAAUAUUUUACAUACUAUAUGUUUACAGUGUAACAGCAAAUUUUGAAUAACUUAACUGCCAUUGAAAUAAAAUAGUUUUUUGUAAACGCGAGUAAAAACCAUUUAAGUGAAUUUCCAUUUCUGUUAAAUGGAAAUU